CCGAGAUCAAUGAACCAGGCGAUUUACAGAAACCGGUCGGACGACCCAAGGUGGGAAUAAACCAUCGGUUAACGAGUUUCUUUUUUAAAAUAUUAUUUCGCAGAAAUCUCACCAGAUCAAGCACGGAUUAUCACUUUACCCCGAUCGUGACAUUCAAAGUGUGCGAUGUGGAAAAUUUACAGUUCACUACUGUAACCUAAUAUCAAGUGAUUUCCAGAGUAGUUUUUUUUAUUCAUCGUUGGGUCAGAUAACACAAGGGAAUAGAUGAUGAUCUUCGCAAACACGGCCAAUCCACUGAGAACUCCGUCGUAUCGAAAGCAGCCUCCUGUUGCUCCGCCCACCCUUCCAAUGGCUCCGCCCAGCCCAAGCACCAACAACAGCAGUAGCAGCAGCAGCAGCACGACCGGCUGGGAGCAACUCAGCAAAACAAACCUCUACAUUCGCGGGUUACCGCCAGGAACUACAGAUCAUGAACUUGUCAAACUCUGUCAGCCAUACGGUAAAAUCGUGUCCACCAAAGCCAUUCUUGACAAGACUACAAACAAAUGCAAAGGGUACGGGUUUGUGGAUUUCGACAGCCCCGUGUCUGCACAAAAAGCCGUCGCAGCCCUUAAGACCAUCGGAGUUCAGGCUCAGAUGGCCAAGCAGCAGGAGCAGGACCCGACUAACCUGUACCUGUCCAACCUGCCCGUGUCCAUGGAUGAGCAAGAGCUGGAGAACCUUCUCAAACCCUUCGGACAGGUCGUCUCCACGCGCAUCCUCCGUGACGCUAAUGGGAUCAGCCGGGGAGUGGGCUUCGCCAGGAUGGAGUCUACAGAGAAAUGUGAUGCUGUGAUUUCUCACUUCAAUGGGAAGUUCAUUAAAUCCUCCUCUGGAAUGCUGGGGGCAUCAGAGCCAUUGCUUUGUAAGUUUGCUGACGGCGGGCAGAAGAAGAGACAAAGUCAGGCUAAAUACAUCACUAAUGGCAGAACCUGGACACGAGACGCCGAGGUGAGACUAAGUGGAAUGACUUUGACCUACGACCCCAGUACUGCCCUUCAAAAUGGGUACUACCCUGCUCCGUAUCCAAUGGGGAAUCGGUUGAUGGCUCAGCCAGGGGUAUCUCCAUACAUGUCUCCCAUCUCUGCUUACCAGGUACAGAAUCCCUCAUGGAUGCCACAUCAGUCUUACAUCAUGCAGCAUCCGGGAGCAGUUUUGUCGCCCUCUAUGGAGCAUCCUAUGUCACUGCAGCAGUCCGCUAUGUUGGCUCCCCUCACCCAGCAGAUGGGCCAUCUCUCUCUGGGCGGCACUGCAGCCGUACGGUCCUCUCACACAGAUUACAUGUUCAUUCCUGCCAACACAGCAAUGCCAGGAGCUUACAUCCCUCAAUACGCCCACAUCCAACCAGCUGCUAUCCAGUCCGAGCAGGAAACCAGCGUACAGCCGCAAGAUGUUUCCUCUUCUGAUCCUUCAUCAUACCCUUUCCAACCCAACAAGCAAUAAAACGGUUAACUGUCUAUGGUCAAAGGCAGAUACAGUCUGCUUCAAGUUACUAUGGUAACACCUUUUGCUUUCUUUUAGAGGAAGUGACAUCAUUGAGGAAGUGACACUCGUGCACAGUUUUCAGAAAAUUUGUCCAUGGUUUAAUCAGCCGAUUCAAGAGAUCAACGGCAAACCUCUCUUGAAGGUGCAAAUGUUUUACAAUAUUACACCAACUAUGGACAAAAAAAUGGGAGCAGAGUUUUAUUUUGCUAGAAAGAAGAAGGUGAAGAUGGCAAAUGCUUAUUUUUUACCAAGGACUAUUUACACAGACCAUGUCUGUGAAUAAUGUAGUGAGUGCUGAUGGUGAUGAGACCUUUCGAUGCAUGACAUUUUUUAAAAUAUGGUUUUUAAUAUGUUUUUAUAGAUAAAAGAUAUUUGCCGUUGCAAUCAAAAUGAAGAGGUUUUUGUUUGCUUUUGGUCUUCCACUUUUUGCCUUUUAGUAGUGGGUGGGGUUUAGAAUAAUGCAAUGCUUGCUGGCUAUUGGUCCUUAUUCUUGUCUUUAAAAGCAAACGCUUUUUUUCACUUUUUUAGUUUUGCUCUGAAUCAAAGAUGUUUUGUUUCAGGGACUGUGUGUCUGUUGUGAAUAAGGUUUUAUCAUCCAUGUGUAAAGUCUGGUAGAUAUAGAAGCGGAUAAUGAGAUGAAGAUUGGGUAGGUGGGUGGGUGGGAUUUUAGUGGGAGGCGGGGCAUGACUGUUUGGGUUGAGUGGGAGGGGUCAGGCUAUCUGAGGUAUGUGUGGGGUGGUGGGUGGGACUAAUAAAAGAGAUAUGGUGGAUUUAAGAAAGCUGACGUUUUUCCUUCUGUUCUAGGCUGGUUGUGACUUUUUUAGUGCCAUUUUUUUAUUUAUUUCUAUUUCUCUUUGUUUAAUUUGUUUUUUUUUAACACAUCAAACACAUCAGGAUUUCUUUGAUGUUCAGAACAAGGCAGAAGUGCAAUGUUUCAUUAGAUAGGAAACAAGACAUUUAUCAAUUUACUUACAUAGCAGAUAUUUAAUGUACUUUGCAAGUCAAUAAAAUUAUUUCCAGCACUCGCAAUUCGCUGAAAUAUCCAUAAUAGCAUUCAUUAUGUGACUUAAAUCUCAAUUUGACACCACAACGUUAUUCAGUGCUCGAAAAAUAACAUGCAACUUGAAGGCAACUAUGACACUUUCCACCAAAGACUUUUCUUGUCUACUAUUUGAAGACUUUACAACAGCAAGGACUACUGCGUUGGGGUUUUAGUAAAACUGAAUAGUUGUUUGAUCAUUGGCAUAUCUGUUUUCCUCAAUCUUGGCUUUCAGCUUUACUCUAGUUUUCCUAAAUGUGUACAUCUCUGAGCAGGAAGAAGGGAUGACUUAACAUGUUCAUAACACAAGCCUGUCAUCUUUAAUACAGUUAGAUUAGCUGAAGUCUGUGUGUCUGUGUGUGAUUGUGUAUUUAGAUGUCCAGGUCAGCUUGGCAUUUGAUCUACCUCAGAGUUGUAUCUGUUGUCUGAUUGGUCAGGUUGCAGGUCUAUCCUGCCCAAUCAGAUAUAAAAGCACCGGCUCAGGAGCUGGUGUCAUGCAGAACUUCAUCUUUAAUGCGUCUAUUUGUCCUUCUCUAUAAUAAAUCAAGUUUCUGUAUCUGUAUGUCUUUCUGUUGUUGUUGUUUUUGUUGGUUUUUUACAUUGCAUUGUGGUGUUUUAAGCUUGAUUGUGUGGAGAAUUUCUGUUCUGUCCAUAUUCUUCCUGAUAGGUUCUGCAAGGCUUGUGUAAUUUUUCCUGCAUUUUAUUUUUUUUUAUCCACAUGAACUACCUUUUCUUGACGUUUUUUUGUUUGUUUUGCUGUAGCCUCUUUUUGUUUAGAGGCCUGAUUUGAUCAACCAAAGUGAAAAUUUAUCAUGGUGAACACAUACAUUCAUUGGACCGCCGGAGUUCAUUUCGGCUGUCAAAAUAAAAGUCUCUGAACGUUAAUUAUUGACACGGUGUAAUAAAUACAGGACUGUUGUUAAAAUGCUGAAUUUUUUUAAUGGUUUUAUCUGGACAUGCACGUCCAAUAAAAUAAAAACCUGCUUUUGUGCUCUUCUAUUUUUCCUUUAUUUUUUUAUUUAAAUGUUUUUUUGUUUUCUAUAUUUUUCUGUUGUGAAAAGAAAACUUUUCAAAUUAAAAGAGCUCAAACACGUC